AAUCUAAACCAACGCGGGCUCUCUACGAAGAGUUGAGACGCUUGGAUCAUCUUCCACACAUUCCCUGAUCCUGAAGAAGAAGAAGCCAUAGCUUGCACGAGGAAGCAGCAAAUGGAGGCGAAGAGGCCAAGGUCGGCCGCCAUGGCCGCGCUGUGCGUGCUCCUCCUCCUGGUGCUGCUGCCCGGGGAGGUGGCCGCCAAGUCCAAGUUCUGCCGGUGCUUCGACGACUGCUUCCCCGGGUGCGUGAACAAAAAGGUGCCGCACUUCCUCUGCCAACUGUUCUGCGCCAACAAGUGCAGCCCCAACACCGCCGCCGUCCGCGGCGACGCCAUGUGCAGGAUGGCCUGCAACAAGCUGAGUAUCAACAUCUGCGGCUGGUCAGCGGCGCCGGCCGAUGCAACUGACGCCCAAGUCUGCGCGCAGAACUGCAACAGGAGACUGAGCCACAUGGCCCGUACCAAUUAA